AUGACCCAGCGAUCCUCAGUGACCAUCAAGUCUGGGGGCACACGGAACUUCAGUGCCUCCUCAGCCAGCCUCCUUUCUGGCUGCCGGCCCGGCUUCAGCUCUGUCUCCGUGUCCCAGAGCGGGAAGAGUUUUGGAGGCGGCUUCGGGGGUGGUUUUGGGACAAGAAGCCUACACAGCCUGGGAGGUAGCAAGAGAAUUUCCAUCUCUGGAGGCUACCGCUCCAGCCGAGCCAGCUUUGGGGGUGCUGCCUGUGGGCUAGGCGUCAGCGGCAUAGGGUACAGAGUUGGGGGAGCCUAUGGUGGGUACGGAUUUGGAGGUGGGGUGGCCCCUGGAGCUGGGGGCAUCCAUGAAGUCACCGUCAACCAGAGCCUCCUUACGCCCCUGCACCUGGAGAUCGAUCCGUCUCUCCAGCGGGUUCGGAAGGAGGAGCGGGAGCAGAUCAAGACCCUCAACAACAAGUUCGCCUCCUUCAUCGACAAGGUGCGGUUCCUGGAGCAGCAGAACAAGGUCCUAGAGACCAAAUGGAGCCUCCUGCAGGAGCACAAGACAACCAGGACCAACCUAGAGCCCAUGUUUGAAGCUUACAUCGCCAACCUGAGACGCCAGCUGGAGUGCCUGGGCGGGGAGCGGGGCAGGCUGGAGACAGAGCUGAAGAGUAUGCAGGACGUGGUGGAGGACUUCAAGAAUAAGUACGAAGAGGAAAUACACAAGCGCACAGCGGCAGAGAAUGAGUUUGUAAUACUCAAAAAGGAUGUGGACGCUGCCUACAUGAACAAGGUGGAGCUGGAGGCCAAGGUGGACGCCCUGAUGGACGAGAUCAACUUCCUGAGAGCGUUCUAUGAGGCGGAGCUGGCUCAGCUUCAGGCUCAGAUCUCUGAGACCUCUGUGGUCCUGUCCAUGGACAACAACCGCAGCCUGGACCUGGACAGCAUCAUCGCCGAGGUCAAGGCGCAGUACGAGGACAUCGCCAACCGCAGCCGAGCAGAGGCUGAAUCCUGGUACCAGACCAAGUAUGAGGAGCUGCAGCGAUCUGCUGGCCAGCAUGGGGAUGACCUCCGUACCACUAAGAUGGAGAUCUCUGAGCUCAACCGGGCCAUUCAGAGGCUGCGUUCUGAGAUCGACAGCCUGAAGAAGCAGUGUGCUGCUCUCCAGGCUUCCAUCGCUGAUGCCGAGCAGCGCGGCGAGCUGGCCCUCAAAGACGCCAAGCAGAAGCUGGCCGAGCUGGAGGACGCCCUGCAGAAGGCCAAGCAGGACAUGGCGCGGCAGCUGCGCGAGUACCAGGAGCUCAUGAACGUCAAGCUGGCGCUGGACAUCGAGAUCGCCACCUACCGCAAGCUGCUGGAGGGCGAGGAGUGCAGGCUCACGGGAGAAGGUGUCGGUGCCGUGAACAUCUCUGUGGUCUCUUCCUCCGGGGGCACAGGCUACGGAGGUGCUGGCGGCCUCUGCCUGAGCAGCGGCAGCUACGGCGGUGGGAGUGGCCUCUGCUAUGGCGGGGGAGGCAGUGGCGGCUUUAGCUCCACCAGCGGUCGCAGUGUGAGUGGCAGCUGCUCGAGCAUGCGCAUUGUCUCCAAGACGUCAUCCAGCAAGAAGAGUUUCAGGAGCUAG